UCUCUUCCAGAUGGCGAGCAACGAUCCCGAGCGCAGAGAGGAAGAGGAGACCGGUGAGACAGCCGCCGGCGAGGACGAGGACACGGGGGCUCAGAUCGCUCCCAUCGUUCGGCUCGAGGAGGUCUCCGUAACCACUGGCGAGGAGGAUGAGGACAUCCUGCUCGACUUGAAGGCGAAGCUGUACCGAUUUGAUAAGGAGGGGAAUCAGUGGAAGGAGAGGGGGACGGGGAGCGUGAAGAUUCUCAAGCAUAAGGAAACUGGCAAGUCCCGUCUUGUGAUGCGGCAGGUGAAGACGCUGAAAAUCUGCGCCAACCACUUGAUUCUUCCUUCUAUCAAGUUGCAGGAGCAUGCUGGAAAUGAUAAGUCCUGCGUCUGGCAUGCCACAGAUUAUUCGGAUGGAGAGUUGAAGGAUGAGACAUUCUGUAUUCGGUUUGGAUCAGUGGAUAACUGCAAGUUGUUCAUGGAGACUGUCGAAAAUCAAGCCGAAGCCUUAGGAAAGAAAGACGAAAAAGAUAGCGAAGAUGUCACCGAUGCCGCUGGCGAACUCGAGAAACUCAGCGUCAGCAAAAACAAAGGUGAGGAGAAGACCAAAGAUGAAGCAUCUGCCACAGUUGAUGUCAAGAAGUCAUCGUCCGCCGAAACAGAGGCUGCGUAACCCAAAGCUUCUGCUGAUGCUCGAGAUUAUACAGUUGCAGACUGUCUUGUUUUGUCAAGUCUACAUUUGUUCAGCUACCUCUGAUUGAGUUCCGGGCUUGUGUCUUGAUAUGGGAGUGGGAUGGAUCUGAGUCUCAGUGUCGGUUGGUGAAGUUUGUUACCUAUUUGGAUUGGUUGUUUUUUUCUUUUUUUGUUUAAUUUCCUUAAAAUAAUUUUAUAGAUGCUGUGAUGUCUGGUCGUGUGAAAUGUUUGUAGAAGAGCAUAGGAGAUGCAUUUCUGUUGUGAUCGAGGUGGUUUUGAAACUUUUCAUAUAUAUGCUUUGCCCGUCAUGGUUUUUCAUUA